AUGGCUUCCUCUUGUGCUUCCUCUGCCAUUGCAGCUGUUGCCAUCUCCACUCCAAGUUCCCAGAAGAAUGGAUCACUCUUGGGAACCACAAAAGCUUCUUUCCUCAGUGGGAGGAAACUGAAGGUGAACAGUUUUACAGCCCCAGUUGGAGCACGAUCCAGCACUACUGUGUGUGCAGUUGCUGACCCUGAUAGACCUCUGUGGUUUCCCGGAAGCACCCCUCCUCCAUGGCUAGAUGGCAGUUUGCCAGGAGAUUUUGGGUUUGAUCCUCUCGGUCUUGGAUCUGAUCCUGAGAGCCUGAGGUGGAAUGUUCAGGCAGAGCUUGUGCAUUGCAGAUGGGCCAUGUUGGGUGCUGCUGGCAUUUUCAUCCCAGAAUUCCUCACAAAGAUUGGUGUCCUUAACACCCCUUCAUGGUACACUGCUGGAGAGUUGGAGUACUUCACAGAUACUACGACACUCUUCAUAGUUGAGCUCUUUUUCAUUGGGUGGGCUGAGGGUAGAAGGUGGGCUGACAUCAUCAAGCCCGGCAGUGUCAACACUGAUCCCAUCUUUCCCAACAACAAGCUCACAGGAACUGAUGUUGGGUACCCAGGUGGGCUUUGGUUUGAUCCACUUGGCUGGGGAAGUGGUUCUCCUGAGAAGAUCAAGGAGUUGAGAACAAAGGAGAUCAAGAAUGGGAGGUUGGCCAUGUUGGCUGUGAUGGGUGCAUGGUUCCAGCACAUAUACACUGGGACUGGUCCUAUUGACAACCUCUUUGCUCACCUUGCAGAUCCAGGCCAUGCUACUAUUUUUGCUGUAAGUUCACUCAACAACUAG